UCUAAAUUAACUCAGAAAACGCUUAUAAAUAACCAAAUUAAUUAUGGAUAUAGAAUUAAAAUAUUUAGAUUGCAUUUUUCAAGCAAAUAAACCAUAUUUUUUUAUUUCAGAGCAAUUUUUAGAUGAGUAAGGAGAACAAAAUCUUUAAUCUAGCUAGAAUUUUCUUUGUUUUAGCGAAAAAUCUUCAAAUAAAUAGGAUAGUAGUAGUUAGUAAGUAGACAUUGUUCCUCUGAAAAUGAAAGUAAAUGGGAUCAAAAAAAAUAAAAUAAGAAAAUAAAAGUAAGCAUAAAUAAUUAUUAGAUAAAUUCCUAAUCAAGAGGAUGCUAUAUAAUUAUCCACAAUGUUUACAAUUAACAAUAAGGGAAUCAUUAAAUUAGGUUUUCAGAUCGAAAUUUUAAGUUUUGGCUCUCAAUAAACAUAAUUAACUAAUUAUCUUUUAAAUGAUUAAAUAUUUUAGGUUCACUUAAUCAGUGCUCAAAAAAAGCCUUAAAUUUCUGAAGAAUAGGCAUUAGAGUAUAUUAUGCGAACUCCUUGUAAGCAUAUUUAGGAAGCGAAGAAUGCUUUGUAGAAAUAUAAAUUAGUUAAAAGAUAACUAACAAAUAUAAUAGACUCUAUAGACAAUAAGUAGGGCUAAUUAUAAUUUAUUAAUGAAGAAGUGUUAAAGCAUGUCUAAUCAUGUAACUAAUAUAUAUAAUAAUACGCCUAAGAUAAUAAAGAAUUGAUGUUUUCAUAUUUGAUUGGAAAAACUAAUUUUGAGAUUAAAGAUGUUGAAAUCGUUCAAGCUGGCUAUUCUAAGUCUUUUCUAGAAUUAAUAGGACUCAAUGAAUCUAGUUUGAGUUUUUUAUUGAUGAGAAAUUAAAAAAUAGAUAUUGUAAAAGAUCAAGAUGAAAUGAUGAAGCAAUCAAUUAAAGUAUUUUAAGAUAAUAUAUUCGAUAAGAAAGAGAUAAAAUUCUAGUUUAAGGUUACAACUUUUGAUGGUUUUGAUAUUCAAAUCUAUGUUAUAAAAAGAUAAAUUUCUCCAAAUUACAAAGCUAAGAAGUUUUCUAUGUUACCAAUAGAAUAUGUUUUUGUUGUAAAUGAAUUCGAUGUAGAGUUAGAAGAUCUAUAAAAUCUUAUUUAGUAUAGAUAAAAAAUACUCUCAAAUAGAAAUGAACUAACAUUUGAUGAGUUUAUUAACAAAGAAGUUUCUCUUUUAUUUGAAAAUGUCGAAUAUUCCGUCUAUUCUUAAUCACUUAUUGAAAAAUUCUACUAAAAUAACUUAGAUUAGCUCCAAAUAAUUAAAGAUUUGAAAAUUAAGUACAAAAAAUCCAAAAACAAUUGA